AUGUCUGGCUACAAGUAUGACGACGAGGGCGGACAGUUCCUUACAUUUGUCCUAACCGGAGUGCUAGCGCUGCUGCUUCCAUUCACAUACCGUGUUCUUUUCUCGCGACCGAAAGAGGAUGCACAGGGAUGGAUCGACUGCAAAGGACACAAGACGCCAACGGCAAAGGCUCUGCUAAAGGUGUCGCCUUUGUACAAUGUUCUGUCUAUUCUGGUUUUGAUCAGUGGCUGGGCUACAGUACUGUACCUCUUUCGCAGCGUGGCGAAUGCUGCGGAGAAUUCGACGCACGUCAUGUACGAUCCGUUCGAGAUUCUAGGGAUUGCAGCUUCUGCUACCGAGCGCGAGAUUCGGCGCAGAUAUCGCCAGCUCAGUCUCCAGUUCCACCCCGACAAAAUGCACAGCAUUGUGAACCAGACCAAGGAAGAGAUCGAGUCGCAUUAUAUUGAGCUCACCAAGGCGUACAAAUCGCUCACUGACGAGACGACGCGCAAAAACUUUGAGCUCUACGGCCACCCCGACGGUCGCCAAGAGAUGUCGCUCGGGAUCGCUUUGCCUACAUGGCUUAUUGACAGUGAUAACAAUGCUUGGGUGCUUGCGCUCUACGCCAUCAUGCUUGGCGUCGGCCUUCCGCUGCUUGUCGCGCGUUGGUGGUACGGCUCGCGCUCCAGGACAAAAGAAGGUGUGUUGAACGCCACCGCCCUUGGCUUCUUUAGCAAGUUGAAGCCAUCGGCAACGCAGGAUGAUAUUCCCCUGCUUAUGGCACAGUCGGAAGAGCUCAUGGAAUUGGCGGCCAAGCUAGAGGCAAGCGACGACGCAGCCUACGCGGAAACCGAGGCGCAGGUAUGCAAGGCGUACAAAGAAAUGCGCGGUGUCGAAUUAAUUCCCGACCAUCUUUCGCGUGCUGCGCGCCGUGCCUUGGUCCUUUUCACCGCGUACAUGUACCGCAUUCCCUCGACAAACAAGCGCGUGGAGCGUGCCGAGUAUAAAAUUGGGCGCUGCGCUGUAAAAUUGCUCGCCAGUUUAAUGGCAAUGAGCAUUGCCCACGCGCAUCUUGCACAGACAAGCAUGCUUCGCGCCAUGCUCCCAUACGUCGUCCAGGCCGUUCCGCUUGGCGGCGGCGUUAUUUCCGAGCUUUUCCAGCUUCCGCACAUGACCAUUCCUCUUGCCAGGGCGCUUGUUGGCCAGGGCAGCAUUGCAGCCCAAGGUCUCCAAGGACUGUGGAAAAUGCGCGAUGCCGAUCGGCGCAGUGUACUUGUUGGAGACGGGCGUAUGUCGUCCGACGAGUACGAUGAAUGUAUGCGUGUGCUGGGCGAAUGGCCGCGGAUCGAGCUUGUCGACGUGUAUUUUACCGUGGUUGGCGAGGAGUCUGUACAAGCAGAUGCACUUAUGAAACUUGUUCUCAAGUACCGUCUUCUCCCUCUCAAACGCGACGGAUCCAUUUUGCGCGACGGCCGACGCCUCGACGCCAAAAACAAGUCGGACGACCAUGUGCGCUCCAGUGUCGACACGGAGGAAAAAGACAUGGAAGCUGCUGUCAAGGCGGGUAUGGUUCCGAUCGGCGUUGCCCACGCGCCAUACUUUGCCGAAGAGCACAAGCCACAUUGGCUCGUGCAGAUGGGCGAUCAUAAGCAGGACCAAUUAAUCAUUCCUCCGCACAAGUUCACCGAUAUCGGUGCAAACGAUGUGCGAAGUGUGAUGAUCAGUGUCAAGGCGCCGCCCGAGCCAGGCGUGUAUACAUUCAUGCUUGAGACGGAUUCUGACUCGUACCUCGGCUCUUCUGCGUCGCAGAUGCUCAAGCUCCGUGUGAAUGAAGCGCCCGAUCUACCAGAGGAAGAAGAUUACAUUUCUGAGCCAGAAGAAGAUACGCUUGCGGGCCAAAUGGCGCUCAUGCGCGGAGAGCGUGUGAAACGGGCCAAUGUGAUUGAGGAGGAGGCGUCCGGCGAUGAUACCGACAGCGACAGCAAUAGCGACAGCGACAGUGAUAGUGAUAGUGAUAGUGAUUAG